AGAUUUACCUAGGUAUCUGUAUGUAUAAGGUUCUCUAUAUGUUUAGAACUUAAUUUUGAGAGCUAUAUUGAAGUCGCUGAGUUUGUCAACAUUUCAAAUGAAGGUUGCGUCGAAAUUUUGUAGUUCUGUUCGUCUACCUUCCCGGUUCUUCUCUAGCCUUAGUUUUUGUAUUGUCACGAUCAGGUGGUGGUCUGCAGUUGUGUUAGUUCCUCUCUUUGUCCUUAUGUUUCACACAGAUUUUCUGAAUUGCCUGCUGAUGCAGAUGCGAUCGAUCUGGUUUUCUAUAGCGUAGUCGGUGGAAACCCAUAUAACUUUUGUGAGUAAAAAUGCUACCACAUAUAGCCAAUUUGUUUAAAACAUGUAGAUUUAUCAUUCUUGCACCAUUCCCGCCUUUUCUCCCAGUCCAUGUCAUCCGAUGAUAUUUUUAUACCCGGUAUUGUACAUACCAACCUCGAAGUUUAAGUUCCCCAUCAGGAUGGUCAGGUGUUUUCCUGAACAUUUGUUUACUAUGGACUGAAACCCUCCUAUCAAAUUAAUUUUAAUCUUCUCCACUGCUAUCGUUGGUAGGUGGGUAACAUCGGACGACAUCCAUUGUGAUCUCUUCCUUUGUUUUGAGGACUCUGCAUUUUGUCAGCGCCUUCACUAAAUAGAACUAUGUCAUCGGCAUAUUCUAAGUCAACAAGUGAAUCUCCCGGUAAAAGUUCAACCUCUGGAAAUUUAAAUGAGGAAAGUGUUACCUCUAAAAGCACGUCAACGAUAAAGUUAAACAAGAAUGGUGAGAGUAGACAACCCUGACGAACAUCACUUACUUGAGGUAAUCAAUUAUGAUGACAGUUCGCCAUAAGCUCUCACUCGACCAGUUGUGUUCAAGUAGAGAGCCAUUAUAAGGUUAAUGUACUUCUUUGGUACUCCUUUCAGUGAAAAACACUGACAUAGAACCUCACGAUCAGCAGAGUCAAAUGCCACCUUAACAUCGAGAAAUACUACGAUUGUGGGACGUAUGAAUGUGUGUCUAUGUUCUAGGACCUGAUGUAGUAUGAAUAUCUGGUCUAUACGACCACGUCCAGGUCGAAAACCAGCCUAUUUUUCUCUAGUCUGCUCUUCACAAGCUUUAGUUAGGCGUCAAAGUAUUAUUGAAGCUAAUAUUUUAGACACUAUACUAGUCAAACUGAUUCCUCUGUGAUUAUCAUAAGGGGACUUUUGCCCUUUCUCAUGGACUGGCACAAUCAGAGAUUGAGAGCAGUCAGAUGGGAUUACGUCCAGUCCCCAGAUUCUAUCUAAGACCUCAUUCAAUCUCGCUGCUAAUACUGGACCGCUAUCCUUGAAAAUCUCAGGAGUAAACCUGUCAGGGCCUGCUGCUCUCCCACACUUCAGAUUUCCUAUAGCUUUUUUAACUUUGUAAAGAGUUGAAGGACUUACAUCAACUUGCCAUUCAGGUCGACUGGAGAUCGUGGGAUACGGAAGUGUGAUUGAAGGCCUGUUGAACUGAUCCCUAAAGUGUUCUGCACAUCGAUCCAAUCUCAUGGAUUGAGAGUGAACAAUAUGUCCAUCGUUUUCGGAGAUAGUUUCACUAGCAGUUGGAUUCAUAAUACCGGUUUUCUUUUCAAGUCUGAACAGUUGUCUGCCGCUGCCUUUUCCAUCUCUCUUGCUUUCGCUACCUACCACUGUUCGCGAUCAUUGCUUAGGCUACUUAUCAGCCUGCGCUUAAGCUGACUCCGCUCUUCGUUAUGUUCAGAGCCAGAUGGUAUGUGUUUUCGAGCAUCUGUCAGUGCGGUAGAUGCUGCUGCGAUCCAGUGUUUCUCACUAACCUUAUGGUUGACCUUACUAGCAGAUGUCACUGUUGUUUUCACAGCUUUUCGGAUAUCAUUCCACGCUGCCUCGGGGUGGGCAUCACUUACGUGGCUGUCUAACUGGUUUUCUAGUUGUUCCUGAAAAAUAUUCUUAGCUUGGCUAUCAUUAAGUAGAACCCUAAGAGGUUUCCUUGCAGAGUCUUUUCUACGUCCAGUAAGGUGCAGACAAAUACGCGCUCGCGCUAGAGCAUGAUCUGAAUCUAAGCAUGUGCUCCAGGAUGAGUGACAGUCUUCUAUCGAGUCCCUCCAUCGGUGGCUGAUAGCGAUGUGAUCUAUUUGGUCCAACGUUGGGAAGAUUCCACGGAUCGCCAUGUCACAAGAUGUUUUUUCUUUAUGCGUAAAGUUAGUAUUUGCUAGAAACAGACAGUUAUCUGAGCAUAGCUGGAACAGACGAUCGCCAUUAUCUGUUCUUUGAGCCACGACACCAUACGAUCCGCCCAAGUAUCCUUCCUUUUCGCUUAGUUUAUCUACUUGAGCAUUAAAGUCACCAGCCAUUAUUACUAUAUCAGAGCGCCUAGCUUUUCGGUGAAGGUCGGAAAGCUUUCUGUAAUAUUCGUCUUUCACAUCAUGUGAGCUGCAGUCAGUAGGAGAGUAGGCAGAGACGACGAAGAGGCAACAACCUGUGUCCUUAUCUUUCCGAGUCCUUGCUGUUCCAUUUAGUCGGACAGCGCACAAACGACUGUCUACUGAGAUCCAGUCUAGGAGAGCAAGUUCUACCUUAGGACUCAAUGCUAUACCUACAUUGGCGAGGCUACGGGAAGCAGCAUCUGGGCUUCCAGGUACACGAAGCGUGAAUCGAGUUGGUUCUUUAUUUUGAUAUAGUGAGGUCAAAUGAAUGGCGCUACUCGGAUCCUGUAUGCGCGUUUCGGAGAUGUAGCACACAUCGAUGGCGCGAGAUUCCAAAGUCCUAGCUAAGGAAGCCUGUUGUCCUAUUUGGCCCAGUGUUCGGAUGUUCAAAGCUCCUACAUGUAUUUUAGAGAGUGGUUUCAGGAGACCGGGAAUAACGUUCCAUGUACUCGAAUCGUUUGCACUAGCGGUGGGAGAUGAUAAAGGGACAUAAGAAUGAUUAGUCGUGAUGAUAAAAGAGUUAUUGGGAUGUGCUUCUACGUUUUCAGUGAUGGUCUAACUUAAAUUGGUUCGUGAUUUUAAGAAAGUUCAACAAUCUUUACAACCCCAUACUGAAAACUAUUGUUAGCAUUACAGUAAAAUGCGAAUAAACAUUACAGGUCUGACAAAUAAGAAAAAUGUAUAACCCAGUGUUUUUCUUUUGGGGAUUACAGUCAAUAAUGCGUUUGUAAACGAAAUAUUAAACUAUUGUUGGCAGUUUAAUAGGUAAAAUGGUUAAGUAUUAACUAUAAUGAAGUCAAGCGGUAUGCAUCACUUAAAGAACAAUAUCUGUCAGGAAGAUACAAGAUUAUCGAAAUCGCAAAAAACCAAACCUAUUACUACUGUAACUCGCUAAGAAAUGCAGGCAGGAAUAAAUUGAUAGAAUAUGGCCUCAUGAUUUUAACUAGGGAAAUCUACUGAACGACUUAUUAACAGGACGAUGAAUUUAGUUGGGUCAGUAUAUAGUUGUAUGAGCAAUCCCAUAAACUUAAAGAAGCUGUCCAAUCAUAUGAAAUAGUAAGUACUUGUUGAAAGGGUAGAAAGACGCGCAAAAGAUCAUGGAAGCAACAAACGAAUACGAAUAAUCCUUCUUUACAGAUUAUUCACACUGCUACCUUUUAGACAAAACUAAUGGAUAAAAAAAUGAAUCAAGUUAAGUGAUAGUCAGUUUUAUACUCAUUAAUUUCUCCGAAUAAACAUACGAAACAGACUAACAGUGAGCAUAAACUCUG